CAUUAAGGAAAGACAGGUUUUCACUGUUAAAGCUCCUUGUUAUCAAAAGUAGCUAAGUACUCAGUACUCUGAUUAACUUUAAAUUAUCUACUUUUACUUGACUACAUUUAUAGAUCAGUACUUUUACUUCUCCUUAUGUAAAUUUUAACCAAAUAAUUUUACUUUUACUUGAGCACAACAAUCUGGGCCUCUAUCCUGCUGUAGUCUCCAGUACUCAGUCCCAGUAGGGCUGGGGGAUUGUGGACCAGAAAUCUCAUCGAGAUCGUUGUUAGUACUGCUGCAGGAUUUGGUUAUAAUGUAAGGUUGUGAUUAUACUUGAGAAUUUUUUUGUCAGUGUAUGUAAGGACUGAAAACAUACAAAUAGUAAGUAAAAUAAAAAGUUACAAUCCCUGAAGUUUUAACAGAAUUGUCUUCAAAAUAAAAGUGUUUCCUUUCUUUAAAAUUCAAAUCCUUCUAAAAAGUGUAAUAGUGGCACUGUUGUAAAUUUAAUGGUCUUUUUGCAGACAUUUUUAUCCAUUUAAUACUGAAGUAAUCCCAGCCUUCUAUGCGAUUACGUAAUUGCACAGCCUGGCAUUGCAUUUGGAUUGGUUAGCAUGCAGGAUUUUCCCUACUUUAGACCUCCAUUUUUGUUGCUGUGCUGUUCAAACAGGUAAACGCCCCGAUCAUGGAUAUCCUCGUCAGACAGGAAAUCUACAUCCCCAGAGACGCCGAGGUGAAGAACAUCUCCCUCCGUACUCUACCAAACUCUGUACUGAACCGAAUGGGCCUCUCUGUGAAGGACUCUGACGGCUCCAGGAAGCUCGCAGACUCAGCGGUGGGCGUGUGGAUUUGUCCCGCCGUCCUCCGACCAAAAGGCCAGAGGCGACCCUCAGAAAUAGGGAAUCGAUUGUUAGAAAACAUGUCCUCAAAGAUCGCCGAAGACUGUCGGGCGUCCACGAGACGUCUACAGAUGUCUUUUGUCUCCUCCAACAAAGAAGCUCACAAGGUGUUGAACGAAACCUUACAUGGACACAGCGUCUCCGCAGACACGUCCUUCGCCGGCGUUUUACCUCCUGACUCGGCGCCACACACCUACCAAGUGGCCGUCGUCAUCUACCAAGGUCGUGUUUACCUGUCCAUAAGGAAGCCGAGCCGAAGGAAGCCUCAAGGAGAGACACCAGAUCCACAACCGGAAGCUAAACCGGUCCAGACGGCUCCUUCAACGUCAGACACGACGGCCAGCAACCAGAAGAAGCGACCAGCCCAGAUGACGUCUCUAAAACCGUCAACCAAACCACCACAGAAGAGACUACGCAUCAAGCUGCCUUCAAAGUCCCUCAAACUGCCGAGUAAUCUAGUCAAAAGACCCACCAGCACCACCGCAGCCACUACCACAGCCCCCUGUAAAGCCCCCUCUACAGCCCAAUCUAAAGCCCCCUCUACAGCUACCAACACAAUCCCCUCUAGAGCCCCCUCUACAGCGAUCACCACUACCACAGCCCCCUCUAAAGCCCCCUCUACAGCCCAAUCUAAAACCCCCACUACAGCCCCCUCUACAGCCCCCUCUACAGCUACCAACACAACCACCUCUACAGCCCCCUCUACAGCGAUCACCACUACUGCAGCCCCCACUACACCCACAUCUACAGCCCCCACUGCAGCCCCCUUUACAGCUUCCUCUACACAGCUGCUUCAUGUCAACCCUGGAGGAACCGGGAGGAGUCAGACCAAGAGUAAAGAAAUUCACAGUGAGAACAGAAAGGAUGAGACCAACGCCAUUACAGGAAGCAUUUCUUCACCACAGACCACAGCUCCGCCCCCACAGACAGCCGACAGAGCGCGCACACCAGCCAACAUUGAAGCCGCAGAGAGGCAGACAGCGGAGGAGACGGCCGACUGGUUUCAGCAGCAGAAUAACUCCAACAGCAGGAUACAGGAGCUGGGUGGGGGCAACCCUCGGAGCCCCGCUCAGAGCGUUUACAUGAACGGGGAUUUACAGGGAAACACUAGCACCUGGAGUGGGAGCAGGGCGUGGGAGAGCGCCUCGUCUGCUCAGCAGGAGUGCGACUUCACCGAGCUGGAGGAGGAGGAGAGGAUCGCUCAGGUGAAAGCCCGCCUCCGACAGAGCGAAGCCGCACUCCGGAACAUGAAAUCCUCGUAGUGACAUAAGAGAGAUGGAGACUUUUAAUAUGAAAGUCUGAAGGAUGUAAAAUAGAGACUUUUAAUGUGAAAGUCUGACGGAUGUAAAAUAGAGACUUUUAAUGUGAAAGUCUGACGGCUGUAAAAUAGAGACUUUUAAUGUGAAAGUCUGACGGAUGUAAAAUAGAGACUUUUAAUAUGAAAGUCUGAAGGAUGUAAAAUAGAGACUUUUAAUGUGAAAGUCUGACGAAUGUAAAAUAGAAAUUUUUAAUGUGAAAGUCUGGACCAUAUUAAUAGAAAAGACGAGCUUUGUUGUGAAAAUCUUCGUUUUUGCUGCUACCUUUUUACCAUCUUCUUUAGUGUGCUUGUGUUUCUUCCCUCCGUUAAUCUGUCUCAUGAUUUUCAUAUUUAAUGUAAAUAAUCUUUUGGCCCGGUGUUUCAUCAAUGAUGACUUAAAUCUGAUGACUUUUUGUUUGUGCAAAUAUUUGCAAUAAAGAAACGAGUGUAAGCAGAAAAAAAGGUCUUUACCUGUCAUUA